AAAAGUAGUUAAGUUCUGAAUGCGCAAGUCCGAAUAACUUCAUUCUAUCCACGCCUCUAGUGAAGACAUUCGUUUUAUCAUUGUAUUUCAUAAAAAAUCUAAAUUCUUUGGCGCAAACAAUGUAUUGCGUUAAAAUGAAUACUAGUACGCUAUUAAAUAAGCUUGUAAUUUGUUAAUAAUGUGGUCCGCCUUACAUAAUAUAUAGAAAGUGACAAUGAACCAAGCAAAAACAUUAAAUAUCGGUUAAAUAUUGUUGAUUAAUUAUGAAACUGUUGGUUAAAAUAGAGUGAGAAGGAAAAUGGGAAAUGACGCACAAGUAGAGAUAACGACGAAUUCAAACAAUCGCGUAACUGACCGCACAAACGAAAUAAAUAUUACAAACAGAACCGUUGCUAUUUUAGACUACAAGGGAUUGCUUUGGUCAUGCUCUCUAAGGAAAAUAUGUUUAACUGCCCUUUGGCUUCCACUAGGCGCUUUAAUGUUUUGUUAUGUGACAGCGUCAAUAUUUCAAGCAGAUGAUAUACAUGAAACACAUUGUAGGGUUUAUAAUGUAGUUCCAUCAAUAAGUGCAAUUACGGGAAUCAGCCCACAACGAUAUGUGUGGAGAAUUUGCAUUGCAUACCACCUUGGACCAAGACUGUUAAUAGGUUCACUAUAUUAUAACUACCAUAGAGAACGCACUUCGUACAUAACUGAGGAAAGGAUGCGUAAUUUAGCAACAAAAUUAGGAGAGGCUUGUUACUGGUUAAAUUUAAUUGAACUAUUUGCUCUCACAGGUGUUACUUAUGUUUCCAAUAGAGAAAACUAUUUCAUACAUGAAAAAAUUUUCAUAGUAUUCAUGAUAGCUACUUUGCUGCACAUGCUGUGUCGCGCACGUGUGGGUUGCAUAGGAAAUGACUCCGUGGAGCCAGUACGCACCAAUAAAAUCGUGUGGAUAUUGUUUUUUGUAGCCAUAGCCGCUACUCUUGGCCUUAUAUUUUUUUUCCUAAGGCACCGGUUGCUCUGUCGGCCGCUCGCAUUUACAUGGUUCUCUGUUUGCGAGUACAUCCUUGCAACAGCAAAUAUGGCUUUUCACGCUGUUGUGGUUCGGGACCUUCCAGUACACGAACUGCAAGUUAUAUGCCCCACUCAUCACAAGACCAAGUAAUUUAUGAGUGAUGUAGUAAGAUAGAAUUAAAAAAAUAAAAUAACGGCAAGCGUACGUUCUUCAAAAAACUUUGAGAGUGUAAGAUACGGGUUUCUUCUACCUACGUAUAUAUUUGAAUAGCUCAAAAAUUUAUAAUUUUAAAUUAGUUUAUAAUUAAUGCACUCGUGAGCUCAAGUCUUUUGAUAGAAACUCCAAACUAUAGAGUUUUAUUCUCGCUAAAAAUAAGAAAGAAUAGAUUAUAAUAUGCUAUUUAUUACUAAAAAUGUUUUGGUAGAGAUUACAACAUUUGGGUGCCUAAAUAAUAGUUGGAUUUAUUUUAUAUAAAAACGAAUACUGCUGGAAAAUUUAUACAAUUAUUACGAAAUAUUUAAGCUUUAUUAUUCGAUACACUAUUACGUAGGUAUAAUACGCUCACGAUUUUAGUUAAGGUUAAAAAGCGCAUCUCUAGUCAAAAGAAUGAGACCGAUGCAAUUGAAUUUAACUAGAUGAGGUGUCCCAAUUAAUUAUAACAGUGAUAUUCCAAUUUGGUUUAAGUAUUAUUUUUUUUACAAACAUAUAAAGUCAAUUACCCAACGUUUUUUAAUCCUGCUUGAAAUGCGAAUGUCUCGGAGAGACUUUCUUCGGGCCAACUUAUUGCGCUUAUUGUACCUAUCUAUUAUAUAAAUUACAAUGAAAUGAAUAAGUACUUAAUUAGUAUAUUAAGCAUUUUUAAUUUAAGGCUAAGUUAAAGUGAUAAGUUAUUUAACAGUUUUAAAUGCUUUCAUCGGUUAUGCAAACGGCAACAAUGCUUUUAAAUUAAUUUCAUCGUUCUUAUGAAAAACAAAUGAAUUGCGACAUAAAAUGAAACUUACACUGAAAUUUUAUGCAAAACGCAUAUAAUACGCACCGUGACAGUGUUUUUCCAAUUAAAAUAAAAAGGAAAAAACUGUUGGAAAUAAGGUUUUUAAGUACCUAUUUAGUUAUUAUAUUUCAUCAAAAUAUUGUGUAUCAAUACCAGCUGUAAUAUUCACAUUAUAUUAUAUAAUGAAGAAUAUGUUUCAUCGAAAAACCGUAAAUAACGAAAAACUAAAAGAUUGUAAGCGUAUAUAUUUCUGUUAACAUUCACUUGUUUUAUUUAGUUUGGAAGUGCUAUUAAACGUAUUUAAUAUUUAUUAGCUUAAUAUUAUAAAUCUGUAGUGUAAAAAUGUUGAAGAAGGUGACCUAAUUUUAAAUCCACGUUUCAUAUAAAUUGUAUUAAGUAUUAUAACAUUAUGUAUUGUUUGUAAAUUAUUAAAUUAAUUUAAAAAGUAACUGUAUUAACCUAGUAGCUCAAAAUGUAGCGAAUGUAUUCAACGUAGGAAAUAUUUACUGUUAUUAUUAAAUUACAUACAUAUAUAUUAUAUAGUCUGUUAAAUUUUAAACGUUUAUAUUUAUGUUUUAUGAAUAGAACUUUGUUAAAAAUAUUUGUUCACUGAAAACUAUUUAAAUUUAAUGAUUGAUGCUAUGUCAA